CUUCUGUAGCAACAGUGAGUUUCCUGCCUCGAUUCAUUAAUUAUUUUGUGCUCUGCCUUGGUCACAGUGUUUUGCAAACUGCUCUGCUCAGACCGAAUAAAGGGGAGGAAAGGAUGCGUACGAAUCCGUCAGCCGCCGUCCUGCGGUUCAAAGCAGACUGUAAAGAUGAGGAUUUCUCUCAGCAGAACUUUUAGCACUCAGACUCAGAAUGGACUUUUUCUCUUUUCCUGAAUGAACUCCGUCAGUGCAGUUCAGUAGCGUUACAUGAAAUACUUUAGUUAUAAUGAUGAAAAGGCGGAAAGGGGGAUGACGUAUUUCGGAGGGGGUGUUUCGGUGGUGUGAGGAUUGCGGGCUGUGGUUGGGUAUGUCAGUGCCACGUGUCUGCGCUUGCACCUCUCCUCUCAACACUGAGGAUGUCGGACUGAGACCCUAGUGCGCCUGGUUAAAGUGGGUCAUCACAUUACACUGGGAGGACCACAUCUUGAGAGGGAAUGUUGAGCAACCUGCUAUAAGACGACACCAGCUGAUUUGGCGAAAUAAAUCUGUGAAGGACUCAUUCUUUAUUUCUUUUCCGGCGCCUGAAUGAGUAUGCUGCAUUCCCUCUGUUCCAUCAUUUGGUUGAACCGCGGGUUCAAGUUGAGAAAAGUGGCCUGUUCGGCCAACACCGGCCAGGUCUAAGCCGCCGCUUGCGUUCAUGCCCGAAGUGCUUAGCUUUUAACCAAACUACAUCAUUUGCACCCUCGUGAAGUUUCGUCCCCACUCCGACGCUGUUCUGCCUUGGGGUUAUUGUCAUUUCGUACUCUGAAAAUGGCUGCCGAUGGCUUCCAGUACAGAUCUGUGUACUCCUACUGUAAGGACUGGGAGGAUGACAUUGACCUUGAGCCUGGUGAUAUCCUGACGGUCGAAAGAGCGUCUCUGCUGUCACAGGGCUUUAAAGAGGGAGACGAGCAGCACCCGGAAUGCCUCGGCUGGAUCGUGGGCUUUAACGAGCGAACCAAACAGAGGGGAGACUUUCCAGGGACGUACGUGCAGUAUGUGGGACCUGUGAAAAUGUCAGUGCCGUCCUGCCAGCCUCGUUCUCAGAGACCGCUUCCUGCUGUUCCCAGACCUGAGCCAACAGCCUCCUCGCAGGUUGCUCCAAUCCUGGAUUUGACCAAACAGUUCACACACCCGGAAACUGCUCCUCCUAAUCUUAUUAAGUUGGUCGAAGCGAUUGAGCGGACAGGUCUGGACUCCAGGACACUAUACAGGACAUCCACUGCUUCAGCCUCUGACAGACAGAGCCUCGCUGAGCUGCAGGAGUUGGAAGUGGGACAGUGGGACAUUCAUGCACUCUCGGAGGCUCUCAUUUGGUACCUGCAGGAACUUCCUGCCCCCAUCAUCCCUCCUUCUGUUUAUACAGACCUUCAGGCAGCAGUGCAACUAGAAUCAGACGUUCCCUCCACGAGGAGACGCGAGCAGCUGCUGCAGGUGCUGGAGAAGCCUGAAGUUCCUCUGCAGAACCUUCUGACGCUGCAUUAUUUGCUCAGACACCUGGAGAAGGUCUGCCAGCGCGCGGAGCAGAACGGCCUCGACAUUCACACCCUCGGCCAAAUCUUUGGCCCUCUGCUGAUCAGGGGCCCUGUGAGCGGGACAGAGGAAGAUGAGGGGUUUCCUGCGGUUGCAGUUGAGAGACUUCUUUUGGAGAGAAUUUGGGAACAAGAGCCGACUCCACCCGCUCUCCCUCCUAAACCGCCCAAAGCCAAAGCCAUGGCCUCGUCUGUGACCAAUGGAAACAACAGCUUACUGAGUGAAGCUGAAUGGUACUGGGGAGACAUUUCAAGAGAGGAGGUGAAUGAGAAGAUGAGAGACACUCCUGAUGGUACGUUUCUGGUGCGGGACGCAUCAAGCAAAGUGCAGGGAGAAUAUACCUUGACCCUCAGGAAAGGAGGCAAUAACAAGCUGAUAAAGAUUUUUCACCGCGGGGGGAAGUAUGGCUUCUCAGAACCUCUUACUUUCCUCUCUGUGGUGGAGCUCAUCAACCACUACCGGCAUGAGUCACUGGCCCAGUACAACGCCAAGCUGGACACUCGCCUGCUCUUCCCCGUGUCGAAAUAUCAGCAGGAUCAGGUGGUGAAAGAGGACAGUAUCGAGGCGGUAGGAGAGCAGCUGAAGGUUUAUCAUGAGCAGUAUCAGGAAAAAAGUCGUGAAUAUGAUGUACUGUAUGAAGAAUACACCCGCACAUCACAAGAGCUGCAGAUGAAACGAACAGCCAUAGAGGCCUUUAAUGAGACCAUCAAGAUCUUUGAGGAGCAGUGCGAGACCCAGGAGCGCCUCAGCAGAGAAAGCAUUGAGAAGUUUCGCCGAGAAGGCAACGACAAGGAGAUUGAGAGAAUUCAGACCAACUCUGAAAAGCUGAAAUCCAGAGUGACAGAGAUUCAUGACAGCAAGAGGAAGUUGGAACUGGACUUGAAGCGACAAGCUACAGACAAUCGAGAGAUAGACAAGAGGAUGAACAGCUUGAAACCAGACCUCAUACAGCUGAGGAAGCUAAGGGACCAAUACCUUGUAUGGUUGACUCAGAAAGGCACCAAACAAAGGAAGAUCAAUGACUGGCUGGGUAUAAAGAACGAAUCAGAGGACUUCUAUUCUCUGUUGGACGACGAUGACGAUCAAGCACAUCACGACGAGUGUACCUGGUACGUUGGGGACGUCAAGCGCACAUAUGCGGAGGAUCUCCUGAGAGACAAACGAGACGGCACCUUCCUCAUCAGAGAGAGCCAGACCCAGAAGGGCUCCUUCGCCUGCUCUGUAGUUGUGGAUGGAGAAAUCAAACAUUGUGUGGUUUUCAAGACAGCCACAGGCUUUGGAUUUGCUGAGCCCUACAACCUUUACGGUUCCUUGAAAGACUUGGUCCUGCACUACAAACACACCUCUCUGGUCCAGCACAACGACUCACUGAAUGUAACCCUGGCCUACCCGGUCCUCACACAGCAGCCCAGAUGAGCACCGCGACACGAGACGGCCCAGGACACGCAUAUAAAGCAUGAUUAAGCACAUUAUACAGAGCAAACUAUACUAACACCCAACUUUUAUGUUUAUCGUAGAGAACAGAUAAGCACAGUAUAUUAUCGUAAUAAACGUACGGCUUUUUUUGUAAGCCCAUAGUUUUCCGUAUCAGCUGCAGUAAUUACGGUAAGAUCACAGCUACUCUGUAUUUGUUGUCCCAACACUUGAGAGAGGAGAAAGUGAGGAGAGGAAAGCGUCACAUGAUUCCAUAAAAGCUCGAACUAGUCCUGGAUAUUUUCAAUGAGGACACAGGCCAGGGACGAGACGAGGAAUUAACCGAAAGUUGCAGCUGUUGAUAAUCAAUCUCUUAGCUGUUAUGUCACUGUGUAUUUGUUUGGUAGUUCGCUUCUGCCAACCAUAUGAAUAGAUUCCUCUUUAUGUGACUUGUCCUAUAGAAGAUGUGAAACUUUUCUUUUUUAUAUCAGAGGGACACUGAAGUCCUUUUAGCUUCUAAUCUGCCUCUAUAGCUAGUUGUCAUGAUCAGAAUAAAUAGCCAUCAACAAUUGUGUACUUUGAGAUGUUACACCACAGAGUUGGAAGUCUGGCAUCUUAAUGGUUUCUGUGGACUGGUAUUGGUGCUUCCUGGUGCUUUAUUUUUGACUCUUGUAACGUGAGAAUGAUGCAUAGCUAUAGCGAACUGUUAAGAUCCAGAGCAGAACAAAAGGUGAUCCCAAAGCAACAAAGCGCACAGGAGCUUCCACUCGCUUAGGAAGGUUUUACGGGGCAAAGCAGGUUAUUCAAAAAUGGAACAGAAAAUCCUCUUGUGAUAUGAUUAUAGAUUUCCGAGGAAAUUAUCAGGUGGAAUAUGUUAUGUUUGUAAUUGGAAAUGAGUCCUAAUGUUGGUUGGUUGCGUUUUGUAACUGUACACCCCUUAGUGUUUCAUUCUGUGACCUCGGCUUUGCUACGUUGUUUUGUACAUCAUACAGUCAGCUGGAUGAAAAACGCAUAUAUUCUUAGGGAGUGAUUAAUGCUUUUUAUCUAGCGAGAACCAGAUAGCAGUUUUAUGUUUGCUUACUGAGAAUCGAUGACUAAAUGAGACGUACUUGAGAGGAAGUGGUUUAAAAGUGCCUUCUGCCCAUGUGUCCUGGAGGAGCUUUCCUGUGAUUGGGGCAGUACAGAAUGCUUCACUUCCACAGUAUGUGGGUGUAUAUAUAUACAUACAUGCAUAUGCACACUAUGAGUCAAAAGUAUUUGAACAGUAAGAUUUUCAAAUGUUUUUUGGUUUGUUUUUUUUUAAGCAUUCUCUUCUGCUCACCAAGCCUGCAUUUAUUUAAUCCAAAAUACAGCAAAAGCAGUAAUAUUGUGAAAUAUUUUUACUAUUUAAAAUAACUGCGUUCUAUUUGGAUAUAUUUUAAAAUGUAAUUUAUUUCUGUGAUCAAAGCAUUAUUAUUCCAGUCUUCAGUGUCACACGAUCCUUCAGAAAUCAUUCUAAUAUGCUGAUUUGCUGUUCAAGAAACUUUUUAUUACUAGCAAUAUUACAUUUUAUUUAGCAAAAGUGAUAAAUACAUUUAUAAUGUUUCAAAAGAUUUCUAUUUCAGAUAAAUCCUGUUCUUCUGAACUUUCUAUUCAUCAAAGAAACCUGAAAAAAAAUUCUACUCAGUUGUUUUCGACAUAAUAAUAAUGUUUUUUGAGCAGCAAAUCAGAAUAUUACAAUGAUUUCUGAAGGAUCAUGUGACUGGAGUAAUUCAGCUUUGAAAUCACAGGAAUAAAUUACAUUUUAAAAUAUAUUCAAAUAAAAAGCAGUUAUUUUAAUAGUAAAAAUAUUUCAAAUUUGAAUCAAAUAAAUGCAGGCUUGGUGAGCAGAACAGACUUUAAAAAACCUUUGACUGAUAGUGUAUGUAUGUGAGCCCUUGAGCCCUACAAGCAAGUUAAGCAAGUGCUAAAAUAUAUAAAAUGCUUUCAAAGCACAACUACACAAAUUUUUACAGAAAAAUGGAGCAUCAUCUCAUCAAACGCAUUCUGUUACAUACAUUCAAAUGAAACGCUUUCUAAUUGCAGGUCUAUUGUGAGUAUCAAGAUUAACCUCUUAUUUGUAAUGUUUAACAUUAGCUUUUAAGCUUUCAAAGAGGUUCGGUCUUAACCAGUAUGCACUUUCAUGGAUGUCAGUUCAUUUGCGGUACCUUUAUAACAGCAGGAGUAGUUGUAUUCAUUUUACAAGGUUAGUGUUAAGGCCUGUUUGUACCAAGAUGAACAUUUGGUGCGAUAAACAUUUGAAUUGAUGAAACAGCUGAUAAUGGAUCUGACAGACAUUUGCAUGCCAUCGAUGUGUGACCAUUUUUCUACAAAUAUAUGUUCUUAAAGGGAUAGUUCACCCAAAAAUGAAAAAAAAAAAAAAUCAUUUCCUCACCCUGUUGUUCCAAACAUGUAUAAAUUUCUUCUGUUGAACACAAAAGAAUGUAUUUUGAAGAAUGUUUGUAACCAAACAUUUAGUAACCAUUGACUUCCAUGGUAUUUGGCUACCAUCAGCUGUUUGAACAUUUUUUUGAAAUAUCUUCCUUUGUGUUCAACAGAUGAAAGAAACUCAACCAGGUUUGGAACAACAUGAGGGUAAGUAAAUGAUGAUAGAAUAUUUUGGUUGAACCAUCCCUUUAUCUCUUACCUAUAAAGUUGGCUGACCAAUAAAGGCUUUUUAGUCACAUGCCAAGAGCCAUGGCUGUUACAAAAAACUGAUUUGGUGGCACUUACAUACAGUACAGUGUCUGUAGCACAGACCUACUGUCAGGAAAAGAAAUUGCAUUUUCAUUCAGCAUUCAUGCUGUGCUGUGUUUUUUUUACACAUUGGUCUAAACAGACAAAUGUAAUGCAAAAAUCAGACUAUAUUUCUGUUCCAAUCCUGGUAUAAACAGGCUUUUUUAUUAAAGGAGAAGUUCACUUCCAGAACAACAAUUUACAGAUGAUGUACUCACCCCCUUGUCAUCCAAGAUGUUCAUGUCUUUCUUUUUGCAGUCCUAAAGAAAUUGUUUUUUGAGGAAAACAUUUCAGGAUUUUUCUCCACAUAAUGGGCUACUAUGGUGCCCUGAGUUUGAACUUCCAAAAGGCAGUUUAAAUGCAACUUCAAACAAUCCCAGCUGAGGAGGAAGGGUCUUAUCUAGCGAAACGUUCUGUUAUUUUCAUAAAAAUAAUACAAUUUAUAUACUUUUUAAUGUCAAACGCUCGUCUUGUCUUGCUCUUCUCGACCUCUUGUUUUUUUCCAGUUCGUGACAGUUUGGGUAUGUCGAAAAACUCCCAUCUCAUGUUCUCCCUCAGCUUCAAAAUCGUCCAAUAUCGUUGUUUCACCUUUUUUUAUUGAGGAUGUUUGAUCUACUUUGCAUAUUCACUUUGCAAAGACUGGGUCGAUACUUCUGCAGUGAUGUAGGGUGAUUUUAAAAUGAUUUUUGAAGUUGAGGGAGAAAAUACGAUCUGAGUUUUUCGACAUACCCUAACUGUCUUGAGCCAGAAUACACAGAGUUCAGGGAGAGCAAGACAAGAUGAGUGUUUGAGAUUAAAAGUAUUUAAAUUGUAUUUUUUAAUUAAAGUAAUCGUUUCGCUAGAUAAGACCCUUCUUCCUCAGCUGGGAUUGUUUACAGCCGCAUUUGGGAUCGUUUGAAGCCACAUUUAAACUGCCUUUUGGAAGUUCAAACUCAGGGCACCAUAUCAGUCCAUUAUAUGGAGAAAAAUCCUGAAAUGUUUCCUCAAAAAACACAAUUUCUUUACGACUGAAGACAGAAAGACAUGAACAUCUUGGAUGACAAGGGGGUGAGUACAUUAUCUGUAAACUGUUGUUCUGGAAGUGGACUUCUCCUUUAAGGCUACAUAUUAACCGGAAAAAAACUGAAAUGCACUGCAUCAGUUUGUCUAGAAAACUAGUCGAUUUAAAAUUAAAUCCUUGAAACUUUAAACUAGCUUUGGAUACUUUGCUUUUGACAUCCUCCUUUUAAAUCAAUUCAUUUUUGUUUAUAAAUCUGCCACAGACAUUAAAGUAAGGCAGGCUUUUGUUUCAUAAGCUUGUUUGUCGGUGUACUCCGGUUUUGUCAUAUCGAUAGGAUGAAGUUGUUUUGCUACGAUGGUGUGGAGUGGAGCGAGAGCAGAGACACUGGUUAUGAUUCCUUGAAUGUUCUGACCGACUGACGUCAGGUCAUUGAGAGCACAGAGAAUGAGCCAGAUGUGACGAGUUGGUGUGAGAUAAAGCAGUGGAGUAAAAGCCUCUAAAUGCACUAUACAAGCACAUCUUGAGGUGAUUAUGAGUGACAAUUAAUGAAGCUUGACAGCCUUUAUGAGCAACCGAAAUAGGUACACGUUUUAGUUAACAGGCCUGUAGUGUCAGUGUGUUACGAUCGUACCGGGUCUGUUCUUUGUCGUUUUUUUUCUUUAACUCCUUUUUAAAGAGAGACUAAUUGUACGUCAAUGUUUUGUUUUCUCAUUGUAAGUAAUGACCUUACAGAUUCAAAGAUAAGCUAGCUUGAAUAUCUCUCUUCCAUUCAGUACAGUUACAAAUGUUUACAGUAUCUAAUUAACCAAAUAGAAGAUGUAUUUUCAGACAUGCUCUGUCUGGCCCUGAAAGGAGUCUGUUAGACGGGGUUUCUUGUCUUUUUUUGUGCCUCUGUUGUUUUAAACUUGAAGAUUUUGUUUUCAUUCUUUGUUCUCUUUUUUUAAACAGUGCUCCCUCACCUCACAUCGUAUUUUCUCAUGAGUAAAAACAACGUUUAAUACGCUCUUUUAGUUUGCAGCUGUGACCUUGCAGCAACUAUCAUUGAUUUUUUUUUUU